UUAGCAAGAAUGUCAGACUUUGUAAUGGAGCGAGGUGAAGGCAGCUACAUAUACACUGACAAGAAAAAAUUUUUGGACUUUUCUAGCGGUAUCGGGGUCACCAACCUCGGGCACUGCCAUCCCGUCGUUACAGAGGCUGUAAUCAACCAAGUAAAGACAAUCACACACGCGCAAUGUACUCUCGGUUUUUGCAGACCAUAUGUCGAAUUAGUCGAAAAGCUACUUCAGAUAAUGCCAGAUGAAUCACUAGACACGAUGCUUUUUCUAAACAGCGGUAGUGAGGCUAUAGACAAUGCCAUCAAGGUAGCGCGCAAGGCAACUGGUCGUCAGAAUGUUAUUUGCAUGCAGGGUGCGUUCCAUGGACGCACCUACGGUAGCUCAGCAUUAUCGCGCAGCAAAACAGUCUAUGCGCAUGAAGUCGGACCUGUAAUUAGCGGUGUCUUUGCUACAACUCUCCCUUACUGGCACCAAUUGGGCGUUCCGGCCGAAACUUCAGAAGACGCGGUCGUAGAGAGGGCCAUUUUUGAUCUGGAUGCACUUUUCCUGCAGCAAUGUGCACCACAAGACACAGCAGCCAUCUUUAUUGAACCAGUCAUAGGCGAGGGUGGUUACAUACCAGUGCCAAACUCUUACAUGAAAGCACUUCGCGAAAGAUGCGACAAGUAUGGCAUCUUGCUCGUUAUUGAUGAGAUUCAAAGCGGAUUUGGAAGGACUGGCGCAAUGUUCGCUAUUGAGCACUCAGGCGUUAGACCAGAUGUAAUGACGUUCGCCAAAGGUGUUGCCAAUGGCUUCCCUCUCAGUGGGAUAGUUGCUAGUGGAUCUAUUAUGCACAAGAUGGGACCAGGUAUGCAAGGAGGUACAUAUUCGGGCAACGCUGUCGCUUGUGCUGCUGGAUUGGCGGUUCACAAAGUGUUCAAGGAAGAGGAUAUCAUCGGAAAUGUGAAAUCGAGAAGUGCAGAGCUUUUCAAUAUGCUCAAUGAGUUGAAACAGUCAGAGGAAGGCAGGAAGCUCAUUGCUGACGUACGUGGCCAUGGUCUCAUGGUUGGUAUUGAAUUCAAAUCGAGCAAUUUAGCUAUACCUGCUGAAAAGAAUAUCACAUUCAGAGGAGUCGGUGAAAAAAUCCAUAAAAAGUGUAUUGAGAAAGGCUUAUUCAUUCUUACCACGUCUAUCUAUGAUGUCAUUCGUUUCAUCCCUCCUCUCAACAUCUCUAAGGCAGAAAUGGAACAAGGUUGCAAAAUUUUCAAGCAGUCAUUCUUUGAAACUGCUCCAGAGUAUUUGUAAAAUAAUAAAUUGAUUUGCUUUCCCUAAGGAUCAGCAUACACUCGCCAAUUUGUCGAACUUGGGCAGUUAAAUUCUGAAACCAAGAAGUAGGAUUAUAAAUGAUAAAUGAGGUUACAUCGAAUAACUAAGGGUUGGG